UAUGAAAUACUGGAAUAAUGAUGGUAGAGAUUUGUACUUAAAAUUUGUUGAGUUAGAUGAAGGCCGGUGCCCCCCAACCGUGUUGCUGCCUCUAUAUAAGCUAACAUCAUUCAUUGACUUCAAUACCCAACAUAGCAAGCGAAGCGAAUUCUAGUCAUCAUCAUAUCAUAUACCCUUAUAAUCCCCACCUCCAGGAUAUCUCAUAGAGCGAGUUAGAGAGAAGCCACUACGACUGUGUGUAUGGAUACUAUUUCUAUUUUGCUUUGCAUUUUCCUCUUUUUCUCAACUCUUGUUUCGUACCCAUUAAUAAAGAAACACAAUAAACCCCAACGCAUAGCUAAGCCUAAACUUCCCCCAGGCUCAAUGGGUUGGCUUUAUAUAGGAGAGACUCUUCAACUCUAUUCUCAAGACCCUAACAUCUUCUUUGCUUCAAAGCAAAAAAGAUAUGGAGAAAUUUUUAAAACACACAUACUAGGAUGUCCAUGCGUGAUGUUGGCAAGUCCUGAGGCUGCACGGUUUGUGCUAGUGACUCAUGCUCACUUGUUCAAGCCUACAUACCCCAAAAGCAAAGAGAAGCUAAUAGGCCCUUCUGCAUUAUUCUUUCACCAAGGAGAUUACCACACCCGCAUUAGGAAGCUGGUGCAAACCUCGCUUUCUCCUGAAACCAUCCGAAAACUGAUUCCCGACAUCGAAACCGAGGUCAUUUCCUCCUUGGAAUCGUGGGUUUCUGCUGGACAAGUCAUCAACGCUUUCCAAGAAAUGAAAAAGUUCUCUUUCAAUAUUGGCAUCCUCUCUGUCUUUGGACACUUGCAAGGCAAUUAUACAGAUCAGCUUAAGGAAAACUAUUGCAUAGUAGAGAAAGGGUACAAUUCUUUCCCAAACAGGAUACCUGGGACUGCAUACUCCAAAGCACUCUUGGCAAGGAAAAGAAUCAGGGAGAUUAUAAGUGAGAUAAUUUGUAAGAGAAAGGAGCAGAGAUUGAUGGAGAAGGAUCUAUUAGGCCACUUGCUGAACUACAAGGAUGAAAAAGGACAAAUGCUAACGGAUGACCAAAUUGCAGAUAAUGUUAUUGGGGUACUAUUUGCAGCUCAGGAUACUACAGCAAGUGUUCUAACAUGGAUUCUCAAGUAUCUUCAUGAUGACCAGAAACUUCUUGAAGCAAUAAAAGCAGAGCAAAUGGCAGUAUAUGAAGCCAAUGAGGGAGGGAAGAUGUCAUUGACAUGGGGUCAAACAAAAAAUAUGCCAAUUACUUAUAGGGUGAUAUUGGAAAGCCUGAGGAUGGCAAGUAUCAUAUCAUUUACUUUUAGGGAAGCUGUGGUUGAUGUAGUGUACAAAGGAUAUCUUAUACCAAAGGGUUGGAAAGUAAUGCCACUGUUCAGGAACAUCCAUCAUAAUCCAGAAUUCCACUCUGCUCCUCACAAUUUUGACCCAUCAAGGUUUGAGGUUGCUCCAAAACCCAACACUUUUAUGCCAUUUGGCCACGGAGUGCACUCUUGUCCAGGAAAUGAACUUGCCAAGUUGAACAUGCUGAUUUUAAUUCACCAUCUAGUAACCAAAUAUAGGUGGGAAGUAGUGGGAUAUCAGAGAGGAAUUCAAUACAGCCCAUUCCCAGUCCCUAUGCAUGGUCUACCUACAAGAUUUUGGAGAAACGAAUAGAAUCAAAGACGAUAUUAUUAUAUGAUAAAAUCUUCCUUUAUUCAUAUAUAAUAUUUUUAGAUAUUCCUUGCCACCACAACCUUGAUUUUGAUCCCUCCUCCUUAACACAACCCAACCUCCUGUUUUAUAGCGAGGAUCCGUUCUAUUGGUCCCUUCUUCCAAGUAACAUCAUGUUUAUGCUAUUGUAAAUGGUGGCACAGCUUAGUACCAUUAAUUAAUCUGAUCGUGUAAGCGUUAGUAAUAAAAUAAAUGUUAUCAUAACUGAUUAUUUUGUUUUGGAACUCUAUUGAAUGGUCCUAUUACUGUAACAUUUCGAAACUUGAAGAUUUGUCUCGGAUUCCAGUGUUUUGAUUUCAAGGAAACUUGACCCCUAUGGUCCCCCAUGAUAGUUUCAAGAUAAAACUUACUGAACUAUAGAGACUAUAGUACGAAGUUUAGUUUCAUCACUGUCCCUCCAUAUCCGUUGACAAUUUAAACUUGUAAGGAAUAUAAAAUUUGAUUACAAUUAUAAUACGCAAACUGAUUUAGAAUUUGCACGAGUGAAUGAAACAAAUUAAAAUCCAACAUUGAUCUGGAGUAAAAAUUGAAAUUACCAUAAUAAUCUCAAAAUGCAAUGCAACGUGGCUCCGUUUGCAUGGUUGAACAUUCAUAUUGUUUCACGUAGUAGUGACAGGAUGUGAUUAUGAAAAAGCCACGUGUUGGUAAUUAAUUGGGCGGCUGAAAAGAGAGAUGCCCUUAGCCAGAGGGAUCGGAAACCUUUCUGGGGCACGAAGGGUGUUCAGGUUUGGUGGAGAGGCGGGGACCAAAAUAGUACAUCACAUUAUUGAACCUUAUGGAUUGGUU